UCUUUUCUCUUUUUCUCUCCUUUGCUUCUUUUUCACCUUCUCCUAUGGAACGUUCGCAAGCCUGAGGUUCCAUCUUGGAACUCUGGAGGCCUCGGAGUUCUAGGCACGAAUAAAAAUGACUCACGCCCCGGACGAGCGUCCUCACCUCAGAGUCUACCCCAAAUUACCCGUGUGGGUAGUGGAGGAUCACCAGGAGGUCUUGCCUUUUAUAUACCGAGCUAUUGGCUCAAAACAUCUUCCUGCCAGUAACAUAAUUUUUGUUCAUUUUGAUUCUCAUCCUGACCUCCUUAUUCCCGUGAAUAUGCCAGCAGAUACUGUGUUUGACAAGGAAGCUCUCUUUGGGGAGUUGAGUAUUGAGAACUGGAUUAUGCCUGUAGUCUAUGCAGGUCAUUUUUCUCAUGUAAUAUGGCUCCAUCCAUCAUGGGCUCAACAAAUUAAGGAGGGCAAACAUUGUUUUUUAGUGGGCAAGGACACCUCUACUACAACUAUCAGGGUUACAAGUACAGAUCAUUACUUCUUAAGUGAUGGUCUUUACGUCAAUGAAGACCUGCUAGAGAACCCAAAACCUUUAGAGUUGGAUGUAAUUCUGGUAAAUCCUUCCCAACUGGUCAAGAGUCAAGAAGAAAAUGGAGCAGUCCCUUCUGCUAAGAAACUGAAGCUAGCUGCAGAAGAAUCACAGAGCGCUGCAGUGACAAACUGUUUCUCUUCAGAAGGAUUUUGUUCAAGCCCUAAUGCAGAAGGGAUGGAAAAAUAUACAGAAUCACAGUUGACUCCCCAAACUUGCACGGAGCCAGCAAUUUCAAGCUAUUCUGAAGCUCAGGACUGCCAUACAAGAACCAGUGCUAGGGAAAUCCUCCAAAUUCUAAAGAAAGGAGAUGCCUUUGUUUUAGAUGUUGACUUGGAUUUUUUUUCAGUCAAGAAUCCUUUCAAGGAAAUGUUCUCUCAGGAAGAAUAUAAGCUCUUACAAGAACUAUACAGUUUUAAAAAGCCAGAUACAGACUUGACAGAGGAAGGUUUGGUAGACUGUGUCGAAGGUCGAGUUCAUCAGCUGGAAGACUUAGAAGCUGCUUUUGCAGAUCUGUGUGAUGGUGAUGAUGAAGAAACAGUACAGAGAUGGGCUUCAAAUCCUGGAAUGGGCUCCCUAAUUCCACUUGUUCAGAGUUUGAAAAACCGAACAGAAACGCCAGACUAUGAGAUGGUCCAUCAGGCUGGUCUGACCUGUGAUUAUUCUGAGCUUCCUCACCAUAUCAGCACAGAACAAGAAAUUGAGUGUCUAGUGCAGUCCCUAAAGUAUUUACUGAGAAACUUGCCAAAGCCUACUCUUGUGACCAUUGCCCGGUCAAGUUUGGAUGACUACUGUCCCUCUGAGCAAGUUGAUACUAUUCAAGAAAAGGUCCUUAAUGUGCUUCAUUCUUUGUAUGGAACACUAGAUAUUCACUUGGAGUAUUCAGCAAAUUCACCUCCAGCUUGAAAGGAAAAAAGGUUCCUAUUUCAUCUAAAAAUAUAUCAGCUAUUUCUCCUCAUUCUUCCAUGCAGCAUAUUUUGGUUUUUUAGUACCUUUAAGUUGGAAUUUUUUUCAAUUAUCUAAUCUCCAGUCUUUGUCUAUCAAGGUUAUUGAAUAUCAAACAUGCCAAUUUCUAGAGCUACUAUACUUUUUGUCUGUUCUUUUUCUCCUUUCAUGUUCCCUCCCAACACAAUUCUAUUUCC